AGCACAGCCUUGACAGGAAUAGUAUGUACACCAUGACCAGCAAGUGCCCUAUCCCAGAGUCACAGCCAGCUCAGCUGUUGGACGAACUUCUUUGGUGGAAUUAUCACUGCCUUCCUGCUGUUGAUUCUAUCCGAGGGUGGCCAUUCAGAAUACCUAUAAAGCAGUGGAGACUAAUUCAAAGCCCAACUAUUUUCCGCCCCUCCUUCCAAUCCUCCAGCACCGAUUAUUCAUGGAUGAACAACGUUUUGGAGUCGACGCGAGCAUGCUCCAAUCUUCGUUUGAGGAUUUGACCCCGCUUGACGGCCCACGCGACGAGUAUACUUUUUCCGUCGCUAAACCUCAGGAAGCCUUCGCCGACGAUUCUCUAGUUCAUUUCCCUUAUAUCGCUGACACUCAUAACACUUCAGAGGAGACAUGGCUGGGUCAAACCUUUGACUAUGAUGUUAUCCUUACCAGCUCCGCUCCUUGCUCUACAGUCGGAGGACUGAGUGUCAGCCUGACUGUCAGCGAUUGUGACUCCAAUAGCAGUUGUGGUGAACUGUCGACUUCAUCACCACAGUCAGGCAACUUCCUUGAACUUCCCUCAACUCGUGCUUUCACUGGCAGGAGAAAGUCAGACUCGUCCGCAGGAAUCCCGAUUUCCUCAGUCGAGUUCCUAAGUGAUCUUCGGCGACGCCCCUCUGCCCCCUCGCUCAACAGUCGUUACGAGCAGCAGAUCUCACACAGUGCUAGGAAAAUGUCUUUAGAAAUCGAGACAACUAAUAUCUUUGCGACGCCGGAGCUAAUCCAAGGGAGCAGCUCAGAUUCUAGGUCGCCAAUUUUCACCGAUGGUCCUUCGUCGUAUGGUAACACCACUCCGUUGAUUUCAGGACAGACGCAGGUGACGGAUGGCCUGCCUUUUUGGCUGACCCCGACGCCUUCCCCCAUCUCUCUGAACUGUCCUCUCCUACCGGUAGACGGGACAUCAUCAUCAAAGAGCCACCCACAGAUGGGUAAAUCACGCUCGAAAAAAGACAUGGAAGCCAGCAGGCAACGAAGGAAGAUGCAAGGCCCAGGAAAAUAUGUAUGCAAAGUUUGUGGUGACGAUUUCACCACAAAGCAUAGGCUUCAAGGACACCAAGAGUCAAAGCAUGAUGGCAUCAAAUUCCGAUGUAAUGCGUGCAAUGUAGAACUGAGCCACAGAACGUCUUACGAUCGUCAUGCCAAGAAGACUUGUCCAGUUCUUCAUCCUCGGGACACGAAGGCUGGAGGGACAUGACAUUACCGGAUAGAUUUAAACUCAUACACUUACUGACAGGCGGAACCGAGGGCGCGAUACACAUAACAUUAGCCUCUUUCAAUAUAACUCUGAAUGUGGCUUACUUGGAGAAUAAUACUGUCUGAGAUUCCUUACCAAGCC